CAGAGAGACCAGAGACCAGAGACCAGAGAGACCAGAGACCAGAGCCAACAUGCGGACUCCGAGCAUCGACCCGCGGGGCUCGGAGCGGAGAAGUUCGGGUCUGGCUGCGCCUUCCCUCCGGUAGGGAGUCUGGACAUGGACUGCGGAGCUCCGUGGGGGGGUCUCCGUCCUGCUGCCCCCCUCCUCUCUGACUGAAAGCUGCUGAGAAGCUCCGGAGCGCGUCCGUCCUCCCCCGGUGCCGUGCGUCCUCUGCGCGCUCAGGUUUGGAUACGUUGCCGGUCCGACGGAGACCCGGGUCUCUGCGCGCACCCCCGGAGGAUUACCCGAGACUAGAAUCUGAGCCGGGACCCGUUCUGGGGACAUGGAUAAGUCCUGCUGCCUCCUGGCCGUCUUCAUGCUCGUCCUCUCUCUGGGUUUGGGGGUGGAGGACGGAGUCCGCCAGCGACACUUCCACCUCAGACCCGUUCCCAGCGACACUCUGCCCGUGGAGGUCCCGAAGGAGGAGCCGGACCCGGCGCUGGACCCCAAGGAGAAGGACCUGAACGAGACGGAGCUGCGGAGCGCCCUGGGGAGCCACUUCGACCCGCACUUCAUGUCCGUGUCCGCACCGGAGGACUCGGGGAGCGAGGACGCGUGGGACUCGGACCUGCGGCAGAAACCGUCCGGGGCGAUGCCCAAGGAGAUCCGGGUCGUGGAGGUCGAGGUCCAGCCCGGGAAGAAGCAGAAGCCGAGUAAGAAAUUCCGGAGACGGCUGCAGCUGUGGCUCUGGUCCUACGCGUUCUGCCCGGUGGUUUACGCGUGGAACGACCUGGGCUCCAGGUUCUGGCCUCGCUACGUGAAGGGGGGCAGCUGCUACAAUAAGCGGUCUUGUUCGGUCCCUGAAGGGAUGCUCUGCAAACCUGCCAAAGCGACUUACUUUACGAUCCUGCGAUGGCGCUGCCUGCAGAGGAAGGGGGGCCUCAAGUGCUCCUGGAUUCCGGUCCAGUACCCGAUCAUUUCAGAGUGCAAGUGCUCCUGUCCCAACUGAGACCAGCACUCAGACCAGAACUCUGGGGUUCACUCCGCCGUCUCUGGACUUCAGGAGGAAGAGGGGUCUGUCUAACACCUUCAACAGGUUUGUUCCUGGGACUGAGAGGAGCCGCGGACCUGGUCCCUCAUAUCCGGACUGGAUCUGAUGAUUUAUUUAUGACUGAGUUCAGACUGAAACAUGAACCAGAAUCCAGACUCAGUCCAGUAACGAGACGUUAGAGUGUUUCUGUCUCUGCUGGUUCCUGGUUCAGUCCAAGACCAUCAGGGACCAUCAGGGACCAUCAGGGACCCAGAGACCACCAGGGACCAUCAGGGACCCAGAGAGACCCGGACUACCUACACAUUACUGACUCUGUUUCUGUUGACCUGCAUCUACCUGGACUCUUUAAAAUAAAUAAACUUUACUAAAAACAUUGAGAAAUAAAAAUGAACGAGUUCUUUUUAUUUAAGAGCAGAAUUUAAAGCUGGAGAAGAAGGUUGUUGGUUCGGUCCCUGAGAUCAGAGCAGAAAGUAACACGGUCUUUAUCUUUAUCAUCUUCAUUAAUGAACGUGGUCUCGUUUUAAUCACUGAGGACUCAGGUUAGUUUGAGUCGUUUCGUUCAGACCUGAUGUUAAUGAAUUCAAAUCUCCUCCAGGAGGAUUUAAAAUGAAAACACGACCUCAGAUAAAACAACAAAGAACAAAAUAAACCUUUUACAGCUGGUUGAUCAUUAACGCUUCACUGAAACAUGUAUGAGGAAUGAAUUUCUCAUAUCUGGCUCCUGCUCCUUCAGUGAUGAACUAAUGUCAACAUGAAUCUAGAGAAUUAGAACAAAACAACUUAAUGAGAACCACAAACAAUGACAUGAAGUUACCACAUUUGGUUCCUCGGCUCAUAAAGGGUUAAUACAUAAAACUAAAUCAUUAAUUCAUCGUGUUUUCUGUUGUUUUUGUUUGUUUGUUUGUUUGUUUUUUUAAACAACGUCUGACCUUCUUCUUCUUCUGUGGUAUAAUGAACAUUUUACAGUAGCGUAGCAUGUCAUUAGAGCUAAAUGUUAAGACGAGCAUGUUACCCUGAAGCUUCUAUCAAUGUCACCAACCAGUAAAUAGUAAAGAAACAGUAAAAGUCAUUUUAUCCUCACACGACAGUGAAUAUCUGGUUUUACAGUUUCUUCAUCCUACAACAGGAAAAUGACCCUAAGCUUCAGUCCGAGCUUCACCUGAACCACCUGAGGAUAAGAACUCGAUGGAAGCUAGAAACCAAGGAGGAGACAUUGACCCGUCUCCAGACUUUAACCCACGGAGCUGGUUUCAGAAGACGGAAAGUAAAGGUUCCUCCAAGAUCUCUCUGAAAAAUAUUUCAUUUCCAUUUUAGAAAGAAAGAAUGUGAUGAGUGUGUUCACGUGUGAAAUCAGGCAGAGAUGAGUCUAAAGUUUAGAGCAGAUUUAAUUAACUCCAGUUGUUUAUUUGCUUUAAUUUAAGAGUAAAAUGAGACAUUAACCUGCACAAAUUUAAAUAAAAACAACUUUAACUGGAAGUGUAUAUUUCAGCGUCUUUUAGCCUUAAGUCAUUAAAAGCAGGUGGCGCUAGUUCCUGUUUAUUUUUUUAAGUUAUUAUUUAAAUAUUUUCAGUCCUGUCCUCAGUUCAUCUGUAAAACGUCCGAGGGCCACAAGAGGUCAGUGUUUCUCCUCUGUUUAAAUUAAUAUAACCUCCAUUUUUUACCAGGACAUACGUUAAAGCAGGAGGAGGAGGAGGAGGAGGAGGAGGAGGUGGGGGUGGAGGAGGGUGUGUUACACUGCCCCACACUGUUCAGACUGUUUAUUCAUUCCAGUGAGGGCCUCUCUGUCGCAGCCUGUUUACUCAGAACUUAUUUUGGGAAAAUUCCACCUCUCUGCUCGGCCCUCGGCCAUAAAUCAUUAAAUCAUUAAACCUCCUCCUCCUCCUCCUCCUCCUCACUAAGUGAUGCUCGCUCCGUCUCCAUGGAAACGCUUCGUCUCAUUAAUCAGGUAAAAUUAUCUCCAGACUGAAUCAGAAAGAAAUCACUAAUUAAAGGUUUGUAAUUAGCUGCAAUCUCCAAACUCACCACCAGGCGGCGCCGAGUGUUUCUCACUGGUCCUUUAACGUUUAUGAACUGAUUAUUGUUCAUUUCAGUUAAUUUCAUAAUUAGUUUUAUUAAAUUCCCUGAUGUGAACAUUUUAUUGAAGAAAUGAUGAAAUGAAAGUUUAUUUUACAAACGUGUCGUGGAUGAAAGCUGCUGAUUUAUUCUCUGUCCCACAGCGCCCCCUGCAGGUGAAGACGUGACCACACAGCUUCAGGUAUUUUCUGGUUUAUUAUUUUACAAACGCCUGUAAAUGUCAGAGAGGCACACAGGAACAUGAGCACCAGAUAGAGAUCACAUGAAAAAACAUAUUUACAAGUAUAAAUUAACACAGAAAGACACUGUGACCGCAAAAGGUAUUAAAAUGGUACAAAACUGGUAAAUAUAUAUAUAUGUAUAUAUAUUUCUAUAUAUGUAUAUGUGAUAAUGGGACGUCCCAGUCAGCUUACACAUCUGUGCGUAGUGCAAGAAAUACUGUCAAAUAAUACCGUUAAAAAACAGACGGUUCACAUUCGUCGACACCUUUGGUCCAAACACAACUAAGAGUGAAGCCACAUUUAGUCUGGACACACCAACGUCCUGGAGGAGGAGCAGGAGGAGGAGGGGGAGGAGGAGCAGGGGGAGGAG